GAGCAUUUAAAAUUAAUAGGACGCGGUAGCAGAAACAAUGAGAUGUACUUACAGACUGCAAUCUGUUUUUUGUUGCUUUUUUUUUUAAUAAAAUUAUUUGACUAAUAGUUAUACCAGCUCCAUUGCCUGUUUUACAAUAGGUACAGUAUAAAUCACAAAUUUGGGAGAUAAAAAUGAUGCUGCUUAUGUGUAGAAUAAUCAAAGCUAUUCAAAUCAGGAACUUUUUUCACAUCAGGAAAUUAAAUAGAGUCAGUUCUUAAGUUUCCUCGUUAGAUCGUCAGAUCUAGAACGCAUGCGAGAAUUGUUAAUUCGAAGAAAUGUUACUAGAAAUUUGUUGCAGUGCUGAACAGUAACAGUUUCUGCAAAUGCAAGAGAAUUGUUUUAUAUACAUAAAAUCUGACCUAAUCUGUUCAUUGAGUAAGACAGUUUGGGCAUAAUGAACGACCAGUUUUAAAAGUCUUGUGCGGUGAUAUGCUGUCAUGAUUGAAUGAAUGUGGCUCACGGUUGUAGUAAACAAUCUGCGUGCUACAUUCAUUUAGGUUUUUUUUGUAUAGUGCUUUUAAGAAUCAAAAUUGUCACAGCAUAAUUUUUACACUUGUCCAGGUGUACCUUAACGAGCAUAAAGCUGUUCUCUUGUAAAGGAGUGGUUUGAUUUUUACAAGCUCUUGGAUGACAAAAAAUAAGAUUAAAUUAAAGUUUGUUGGUCAAAUCUUUCAAAUUGAUUGUCAAAACAUAAAAUGAUACCAAGGUUAACCAGAGAUGUGUGUUGAAGGGCUUAAGACUUAUGAUGUCAUUUCUCUUCUGGGUGCCAUACAGUUUUUGAGAUCUUCCAGACACAGUAAACAGGAUUAUUAGACACAGGUUAUUGGGCUUUAGAGAUCAGGAUAAGUAUAAAAAAAAGUAUAAUUCCCAAAGCUGUUCCCCAGCAGAUAUAUACCAAGCCAUAAUACUAAAUUCACUGACAGGUGAAGUGAAUAGCAUUGAUUUUGUUGAAAUAACAUCUGCCAAUGGAAUAUAUUAGGCAGCAUGUGAACAGUCAGUUCAUGGAGUUGAUGUUCUGGAGAUAGUUAAAAUGGGCAAGUGUAAGGGCAAGACUUGUGGAAUGUUCAUGGUAUUCAGUGGUUAGUACCUACCAAAAGUGUCCCAAGUACAAUGAGUGAACCGACAACAGGAUCAUAAAACCUUGAAGCUGAGUAUGAUUUAAAGGUCUCAGUGCAUCAUAACAGGAUGCUGCAUAUGAGGCUAUGUAGCCACAGACCAGUCAGCCUGCCCUUGCUGACCACUGUCCUCCACCCUAUCAGAACUGAGCCAUGAACUCUGCCCUAUCAGAACUGGAACUAGUCUGAGGAAAUAUGUUUUGUUUUUUGUUGUUGUUGUUUUUUUUACAUGUGGACAAUCGGAUGCAUGUGUAUUGCUUACCUGGGGACAAGAUGGCACCUUAAUGCACUAUAGGAAAAAGUCAAGAUGGAGGAGGUAGUUUGGUGCUCUCCUGGUAAAAUCUUGGGCCCUGGCAAUCACAUAGAUGUUACCACCUACCUAAACAUUUUUGCAGGCCAAGUAUAUUUAUUCUUGGCAAUGGUAUUUCCUAAAGGCAGUGGCCUCAGGACACCUAUGUGUCCUGCCACACUGCAGAUGUUGGGUGCCAGAUACCACAGCACACCGACAGAGGUCUUGUGGAGACUAUGUUUUGGCAGCAUGGGGGGACCUACACAAUAUUAGGAAAGUGUUUUUUAAUGUUAUGGCUGAUCAUUGUAUACUGAUAAAAGUACAGGCCCUAAUAAAGAACAGUGGGAGACUCCAUGGUCCACAGUGCCAACAGCUAAAAAAUAAUUGGCACCUGACAAAAUUAAGAAUUGAUCCAGUCUAGGGUGUUCCUGUGAAGCCUAUCCAUGCUCACUAAGAAUGUUGUGUUAAAUAGUGUCAAAGGCAGCACUAAUACAGUACAGUUACCAGUAUCAACAGCAAACAAGACAUCAUUAGACAUUUUACUAACACAUUCUGUGCUACAGUGAGCUUUAAAUCUAGAGUGAGUUGCAGGGAUAUCAUAUUUAUUCAAAUACAGUAACAACUGAGAAAGAACCACUUGUGACCUAAAGGUAGAUUUGAAAUAUUUUAUACUGAUUGAAUCUUUUUUCAGCUGCUCCCUACGUGUGUGAGGGGUCGCCACAGCAGACAAACUGCUCCACACAUCAACUUGGCACAGGUUUUACACCAGAUGCCCUUCCUGACACAACCCUCCCAUUUUAUCCAGGCUUGGGACCAGCACUACAUCUAGUGGCUGGGGUCGGGCACUGGCUGGGAAUUGAACCCGGGCCUUCCGCAUGAUAGGCAAGAAACCUACCACUGAGCCACCAGUGCCCGUGAAAUAUUUUAUGCUGAUUAAUUCUAUAAAAAAAUUUAUUUAUGUAUGUGGGGAUUUAAGGCUGGCCUGUGUGAUCCGAUCCAACAGACGAGCUACUGUUGCUCAAAUUGCUGAAGAAGUUAAUGCUAGUUCUGAUAGAAAGGUGUCAGAAUACACAGUACAUCACAGUGCAUCCCAGACUAGUCAGGGUGCACAUGCUGACCCCUGUGCAACGCCAAAUAUGCCAACAAUGGGCAUGUGAGCAUCAGAAUUGGACCACAGAGCAAUGAAAGAAGGUGACCUGAUCUGAUGAAUCAAGUUUUCUAUUACAUCAUGCGGAAGGCCAGGUGCAUGUGCUUCUCUUACCUGGGGAACACAUGGCACUAGGAUGCACUAUGGGAAGAAGUGUCAUGCUUUGGGCAAUGUGCUGCUGAGAAUCCUUUGGUUCUGCCAUCCAUGUGGAUGUUACUUGACGCAUACCACCUACCUAAUUAUUGUUGCAGAUCAUGUACAGCCUUUCAUGGAAACAGUGUUCCCUUAUGGCUGUGGCCUCUUUCAGCAGGAUAAUGCGCCGUGCCACAAAACAAAAAUGGUUCAGGAAUGGUUUGAUGAGCACAAAAACAAGUUUGAGUGUUGAUUUGGCCUCCAAAGUCCCCAGAUCUCAAUCCAAUCGAGCAUCUGUGGGAUGUGCUGAACAAACCAGUCUGAUCCAUGGAGGCCGCACCUCACAACUUGCAGGACUUAAAGGAUCUGCUGCUAACAUCUUGUUGCCAGAUACCACAGCACACCUUCAGGGAUCUAGUGGAGUCCAUGCCUCGACAGGUCAGGACUGUUUUGGCAGCAAAAGGGGGAUCAACACCAUAUUAGUGUUUAGACUUGAAGAGUGCCAGUCUUGCAGACAUGGAGGCCAAAGAAGAGAUCAGUGACACUGACAGUGGGAUUAUGCUGCAUUCUGGACUGGACAGUCCUAUUAUUGUAACCAAGGAUGUGAGUACACACACUCGGGCUGUGAAGCUAAAACGGCAGUCAUUACAGGACAGACUUGAGCUGUGUAUUCUAGAGCUGAAGAAACUCUGUAUUAGAGAGGCUGAGCUCACUGGACAUUUGUGCUCAGACUACCCUCUGUUGCCUGGAGAGAAACCUCCGCAGAUACGCAAACGCAUCGGGGCUGCUUUUAAGUUGGAUGAGCAAAGCAUUCUGCACAGCAAUAAGGACUCAGAACUAUGCUCAGUGGAAGCUAAACUGGCCCUGCAGCAUCAGAUCUACAUAGCAGCAUGCAGGCUGUGCCAUGAAGAUCACCUGAGCAAGGCAGUAAAGAAAAGCAGAGUACAACAGUGCAAGCAUGAGGAGCAGAAACUUAAGGAGCUCCAAGAUUCCAUAUUCCAACUACGUCUCAAACACAGCCACUCCUCCCCACGACCUAUAAUCACAAAAAAACAUGAGGAUUCUUUCUGUCAAUACCAUGGCACUUCAGAUAACAGUUCACUGUCAGAUUCUGCAGUAUUGGAUGAAGAAGAGAUGAUGAGCCAGUCAUCCCAGACUUCCUCUAAACCAUCCUCUAUUACAGAGCUUCAUUCGGUAGCUCAAGGCCCUUCCCAUCUUUAUCUAAAUUCAUUUGGACCUCUGCUUCCUCGCCUUGAGCCAAGACCCAGCUCAUAUCAAGAACCUCUCCAGAAUUUGCACCCCUGUCACAGCUCAAUGCUGGAGUAUGACCCUGCCCCCAUCCAAAAUUCCCCUUGGAAGGAGUCCAGUCUUGAUCAGCCUUACCAGAAACAGAAGUCGUCCCACUCAAGGAUGACUAGUUCCAGAGUUCCCAGUAAUGAUCCAGCAAGUAAUGCAGAGAGAGAUAGAGGCAGGUCGUGUGGUCCCAGAAGACGACUGACCAAUGUUAUUUUGACAGCACCAGAGUAUUCCCCUAUAUCAGAAAACCCACUAUACCACUCCAGCUCAGAGGACAGUAACUCUGAGCACUCAUCGGCUCCUUCCUACACCAGUUCACCAUGCCAGGAACUGUUAGCUGAUCCAGAGAAACUGUGCCAUGCCCAACACAGACACCACUACCCUAAUCACAUCUCACUGUCUCAUAGCUACUCUAAAAGCUCCUUAGCCCAGCUUUCCCCCAGGCUCUACAGAGCAUAUAUAGAUGAGGGAAGAGGCUACGAUAUGGACUUGAGUAGAAGGUAUCUUAGACACAAGCCAUCUCCUUGCCCCAGUGGACACUACAAUCACUGGUACGAAGAGGCGCCGCUAUACCGGCAGAAGGGCAGACUUAUCCCCUGCCACCUGAAGCUAUCCCGGGCCCCAUCACUCAAAGAGUACCCCCAGCACCCAGGUAGAGCUCUCCCACGACAGGUGGUUUCUGACGAGCUGAAGUCAUGGCAUCAGCGCUGUCAGCUGCGGCCAAGGUCUCUAGACAGACAGGGUGCUGUGCGCAUACAAAACCUGCCCUUACAGGAGUCACCACUCUCUCAUCAGGAGGACUACUUUGAUCAGGUCCCCCAAAGUACUGCAGAGAGAACAGCAGUGAAAUGGUAUGAAGAAGAAGAGAUUGUCAGCCAUGUGUAGCAAAAGGACAGUCAUAUUUAUGUUUUAAUUUAUUGAUUAAUUAGAUGAAAAUAUCAGUGGUUGUAUCUGUAGUUUGGCUGAGCUUUUAUAUUUUCAAAAGCAGUUUUUUAAUUUUAAACAUUAAUACUUUUAUACAUUAAUACAUUUGUGGAAAAUGGUAAGAGAAUGUGUCAUUUCCCAUUGCUUUUUCUAUCAACAAUUUAACAAAGUAUGAUUUUUUACUAAGAGUAGAUUUUGAGCUUUCCUGUGUCAGUCUUUGUUGAUGCAGAUACAAAUAAAAUGGAAAUUAGAUUCCUUGCGGUCUCAGAAAUCUUAUUGUAACUCAAUAUUUUUAUUGUUUUAUAUAAUUGUGUUUUUAUUUUGUUUUAAUACAUUUCAUAAUUCAUUUCAUUUAAUUUUCAUCAUCCCAUGUAUUUAUACCGUCUCUAUGGAAUGGGCCUCAAGCACUCCUCCCUAAUUUUUUCUGAGAUUCUUGUGUAAAAAAAUUCCUUUUAUGUUAGAAUUAUCUGAAUUCCCCUUAUAUUCCAUUUUCAUUUUCUAUUUUUGGCUUAAUGAUUUUUCCCUAUUUCUGUCCACACCUUCUUUGGUAUAUAAAAAAUUCCCUAGGGCACCACUCAGCAUUCUUUUUCCAAACACCAAGAUGAGAGGACAU